AUGCCGCGUGACAAAAGUAGCGAAGACGUCCUGAAGAAUUAUGAGCACGUCGCGAAGGUCGGCGAAGGAACGUACGGCGUGGUUUAUAAGACUUUGGACAAGAGAAGUGGCAAAUACGUUGCGAUGAAGAAAAUCCGCACACUGGACGGAGAAGAGGGAAUCCCGACAGCGACACUGGCCGAUCCGAACAUUGUCGCUUUAAAUGAAUUUGUCUUGGACGAUGACUGCGCAUAUCUAGUAUUUGAGUACUGCCCGAUCGACCUAAAUGCGUAUAUCCGUUCGCUUUCAGAUGCUAAGCUGAUUGACCGGGAGGUCCAGAAGCAGUAUACGUACCGGAUGCUCCAGGCGAUCUGCUUCUGUCAUCAACGCGGCGUCAUGCACCGCGAUUUGAAGCCGGAGAACAUCAUGAUGGAUGAGAAGGGGGCCCCCAAGCUUGCUGAUUUCGGCAUUGCGCGACCAGUCGGCCUUCCGAUCAAAGCGUAUACACAAAGGGCCUUUACACUUUGGUACGCGGCUCCCGAACUACUACUUGGCAGCACUCGUCACUCAGCGGGAGUGGACAUCUGGAGUAUCGGGUGCACUUUUGCUGAACUGGCUACCACAGAGCCGCUCUUCCCAGGCGAUUCACAGACUGAUCAGUUAUACCGACGAAGUUUCCUCAGUGGACCAGCAGUACCAUCGAAAGUGACCUCAAAAAUUACCUAG